AUGGAUUAUGGAAAUCAGUCCAUGGUAUCAGAAUUUGUGCUUCUGGGACUUUGCCAAUCAUGGGAUAUUCAAGUCUUACUGUCUGUGAUAUUUUUAAUGCUUUACCUAAUCAUUGUAUCUGGAAAUACCAUCAUCAUGUUCUUAGUCAUCACUGACCCCUGUCUCCAUUCCCCAAUGUACUUCUUUUUGGCCAACUUGUCUUUUGUUGACAUGUGGCUUUCCUCAAACACCACUCCUAAGAUGAUCACAGACAUUCUCAGGGAGAACAAAACCAUUUCCUUUGGAGGAUGCAUAUCCCAGAUCUUCUUUUCACAUUUCAUUGCAGGACUUGAGAUGGUGAUACUGGUGAUCAUGGCCUAUGAUCGCUAUGUAGCAAUCUGCAAACCACUCCACUACUCCACCAUUAUGAGCCUACAAAAGUGCAUUGGACUGGUGUUGACUGGCUGGAUCAUUGGUUUUGUGCAUGCCAUGAGUCAAAUUGUUGUGAUUGUACAGCUACCUUUCUGUGGUCCCAAAGAAAUAGACAGUUUCUUCUGUGACAGACCAUUAGUGAUCAAGCUCGCAUGCAUGGAUUCCUCUAACUUGAAAAUCUCAAUGAAUGCCAACUGUGGAGUUGUGGCCGUGUCGUGCUUCAUUUUGUUACUGAUAUCCUACACAUACAUUCUUCUCACUGUUCACCGAAGCUCAAAAACUGGUGCAUCGAAGGCCCUCUCUACCUGCACUGCCCACAUCACAGUGGUAGUGCUCUUCUUUGGGCCCUGUAUGUUCAUCUAUGUGUGGCCACUCAACAUCACCUGGAUAGACAAAUUUCUUGCUGUGUUUUACUCUGUUAUUACACCUCUCCUAAAUCCAAUCAUUUACACUCUGAGAAACAAAGAGAUGAAAAAUGCUAUGAAGAGAUUCAGAGGCUACUAA